AGACACCGCGCCGCGGCUGCGCAGUGCCGGGGAGGCUUUUAAUUCCAUUGUGGAGAGGACGGCGUUAUUUUUAUUAACUGGAGGCGACGGCGGCUGCGGCGGCGGCGGUACCCCCAGGCCUCCUCCGGGGUAUGAAAAUCGGCAGUGGGUUCCUGAGUGGCGGCGGCGGUACCGGCAGUAGCGGUGGUAGCGGCUCCGGCGGCGGCGGCGGCGGUAGCGGCGGCGGCAGCGGCGGCGGCAGCGGCGGCGGCAGCGGCAGGGGGGCAGAGAUGGAACCCACCUUUCCCCAGGGUAUGGUUAUGUUCAACCACCGGCUUCCCCCGGUCACCAGCUUCACCCGACCGGCGGGCUCGGCCGCCCCUCCCCCGCAGUGCGUGUUAUCCUCCUCUACCUCCGCAACCCCGGCCGCCGAGCCCCCCCCUCCGCCAGCCCCGGACAUGACUUUCAAGAAGGAGCCGGCGGCGUCUGCCGCGGCCUUCCCCUCGCAGAGGAGCUCCUGGGGAUUCUUGCAGUCUUUGGUCAGCAUCAAGCAGGAGAAACCCGCCGAGCCUGAGGAGCAGCAGUCCCAUCACCACCAUCAUCACCACCACUAUGGGGGGCUGUUCGCUGGGGCCGAAGAGAGAUCCCCGGGCCUAGGAGGCGGGGAAGGGGCCAGCCACGGCGUCAUCCAAGACCUCAGUAUUCUCCACCAGCAUGCCCAGCAGCAACCAGCCCAGCACCACCGCGAUGUAUUGCUCAGCAGCAGUAGCAGGACUGAUGACCACCAUGGCAACGAGGAGCCAAAGCAGGACACUAAUGUCAAAAAGGCAAAGAGGCCAAAGCCAGAAUCUCAGGGAAUCAAAGCCAAGAGGAAGCCAAGUGCAUCUUCCAAACCUUCUUUGGUUGGAGAUGGAGAAGGUGCCAUCCUCUCCCCAAGUCAGAAACCUCAUAUCUGUGAUCACUGUAGUGCUGCUUUCAGAAGCUCCUAUCACCUGCGGAGACACGUCCUCAUUCAUACAGGAGAGAGACCUUUCCAGUGUAGCCAGUGCAGUAUGGGUUUCAUUCAGAAAUACCUACUGCAGAGACACGAGAAAAUUCAUAGUAGAGAGAAGCCAUUUGGAUGUGAUCAGUGCAGCAUGAAGUUUAUUCAGAAGUACCAUAUGGAGAGACACAAGAGGACACAUAGUGGAGAAAAGCCAUAUAAAUGUGACACUUGCCAACAGUAUUUUUCGAGGACUGAUAGACUGUUGAAGCACAGGCGCACAUGUGGUGAAGCCAUAGCUAAAGGAGCCGCUAGUGCAGAACCUGGGUCACCAAACCAUAACAAUAUGGGUAAUCUGGCUGUGUUGUCUCAGGGAAAUACAAGUUCUUCAAGGAGAAAAACAAAGUCAAAAAGCAUAGCUGUUGAAAAUAAGGAACAUAAGACUGGUAAAACAAACGAAUCACAAAUCUCCAAUAAUAUAAACAUGCCGAGUUACUCGGUAGAAAUGCCUGCCGCGUCUUCUAGUGGAGGCAUGAUUGGCACUGGGAUAGAUGAACUGCAGAAAAGGGUGCCAAAAUUGAUCUUCAAGAAAGGAAGCAGGAAGAAUACAGAUAAAAACUACCUUAAUUUUGUGUCACCGUUGCCGGACAUAGUUGGACAGAAGUCCUUGUCUGGGAAACCAAGUGGCUCACUUGGCAUCGUGUCGAAUAAUAGUGUGGAGACUAUUAGUCUUCUCCAAAGUACAAGUGGCAAACAAGGUCAAAUAAGUAGUAAUUAUGAUGAUGCCAUGCAGUUUUCAAAGAAAAGACGAUAUUUACCAACUGCCAGCAGCAACAGUGCCUUUUCUCUAAACUUAGGACACAUGGUCUCCCAACAGUCCGUCAUUCAGUCUGCAGGUGUCAGUGUUUUGGACAGUGAGACCCCAUUGUCGCUUAUUGACUCCUCAGCUCUCAAUGCUGAAAUUAAGUCUUGUCAUGACAAGUCUGGAAUUCCUGACGAGGUUUUACAAAGUAUUUUGGAUCAGUACUCCAACAAAUCAGAAAGCCAGAAAGAGGAUCCUUUCAACAUAACGGAGCCACGUGUGGAUUUACACCCCUCAGGAGAACACUCAGAAUUGGUUCAAGAAGAAAAUUUGAGCCCAGGCACCCAAACACCUUCCAAUGAUAAGGCAAUCGUGUUACAAGAAUACUCCAAAUACCUCCAACAGGCUUUUGAAAAAUCCUCUAAUGCAGGUUUUACUCUUGGACACGGUUUCCAAUUUGUCAGUUUGUCUUCACCUCUCCACAACCACACUUUAUUUCCAGAAAAACAAAUAUACACUACAUCUCCUUUGGAGUGUGGUUUCGGCCAAUCUGUUACCUCAGUGUUGCCAUCUUCAUUGCCAAAGCCUCCUUUUGGGAUGUUGUUUGGAUCUCAGCCAGGUCUUUAUUUAUCUACUUUGGAUGCUACACAUCAGCAGUUGACACCUUCCCAGGAGCUGGAUGACCUGAUAGAUUCUCAGAAGAAUUUAGAGACUUCAUCGGCCUUCCAGUCCUCAUCUCAGAAAUUGACUAGCCAGAAGGAACAACAGAAAAACUUAGAGUCCUCAACAAGUUUUCAGAUUCCAUCUCAGGAGUUAGCUAGCCAGAUAGAUCCUCAGAAAGACAUAGAGCCUAGAACAACAUACCAGAUUGAGAACUUUGCACAAGCGUUUGGUUCUCAGUUUAAGUCGGGCAGCAGGGUGCCAAUGACCUUUAUCACUAACUCUAAUGGAGAAGUGGACCAUAGAGUAAGGACUUCAGUGUCAGAUUUCUCAGGGUAUACAAAUAUGAUGUCUGAUGUAAGUGAGCCAUGUAGUACAAGAGUAAAGACACCCACCAGCCAGAGUUACAGGUAAGGUCCCAAAAGAGACCAGGCUGGAGGUCUUCUAAUGUAACUUUGUUUUAUUUUGAGAACACUGCCAUUGGAAUGUUUCUACACGAUCCUAUUAAGAAUAAUGUAAUGCCCUUUCAAUGCAACUUUUCAUAUUUAGUUUAUUUUGUUAGCGUGAUUUUAGCUGUUUGUAUUAUGAUUUUUAAUCAAAAUCAAUAGAUUAAAAAUAGUUUGACAUUCAAAGUGACAAUGUUUAGCAAUCAAAUUUACGUGUAUAGAUCGUCAGGGAAUAGCCCAAAAGUUUUAAAUGCAAAAAAAAAAAAAAAACCCACAAAAAAACAAAAACAAAACAAAAAAACCACACAAAAAAACUUUGUUGCUAGGAUUAAGGUUAUUCUAAUUGCUUUACUCUCAGGAAAGUGUAAUAACGCAUGGGAAUUCUGUACGUUAUCACUGUAAUGGAAUAUCCAAUUUACAGAUAGUAUGAUAUACAUUUCAUCAUUUAAGUAAGGGAUCGAAAACAUUUCAAAUUGCUCUACCUGGGCUGAUAUGAUAUAGAUGUAAGUUAAGGGAUCGAAAACAUUUCAAAUUGCUGUCUCCACCUGGGCUGAUCCAAAAUUCUGAGAUGUUGGCUACCUAUAUUUUGUUGCAGCUUUUUAACUGUACUCUGAACUUCCAAACCACAUUCAUUCCAGCCUGGUAGAACAAAUAUUCUUGGAUCUUUGAUCAAAGCCUGGAAUGAUAGCUUUAAUAAAAGAAGAAGAAGGAAAAAGGAAAAAAAGCACCCUCUCCUUAUCCCAACUUUAACAAGGCUGUAGUUCCACUGAGAGUCAUCUGACAUCUGAUACAGGGUUGAAGCCCAAGUGGUUGGUUGGUUCCAGUAUUUGAACCAAGUUGGAAUGAAAUAAUUCUUUGAAAUUUGGGUAUGCAUCCUCUGUUAUACAUGGCCUAAAAAUACUGUCCUCUUGUCUGUGCUAUUACAUAGCAGCCACACUUGUGUUUUUUUGCUUUUCUUAACCUGUCUUUCUCAGAGUUUCUGGGCUGGCCUUGUCCCCUGUUCUAUCUUGACAGUUUUAAUUUUAGGAUGAUUUACAUUCAAUUGGUAAUUCCUUAUGCAUUUUACAUGCCUUGUAGCAUUAGAAUGCUAAACCAUAGGCUAAGUAUCCCUCCCUACUUUUUUUAUUUUAAUAAAAGAAAACCUAUACAGGUUUCCAUGUAUAGUUAAAACCUUGCAUACUCUCAGCUAUAGCCAUUAAUAAGGUUGUAAUUCCACCUGGUGACAGAGCUAGUGUGAGGGAUUAAGAAUGUGUCUGCAUUUUAGUAGUGGCAUCAGAACCUCUUUGUGAAAUUGCAGCCUUUAAUGUAUAUUUUAAAAGGGUGCAUUAGUCAGUAUUGUACAGGGGUCUUGUAAAGUCAUCAGAACUUGCUAUGAACGCUAAUUGCCAUUUGAAGCUACUGGUCGACAGUGGCUCUCUGCUCUAAACCACUUUUUAGCAAUUGUAUUUUUUUCCUGAUUAUAUUUUUUAAUGUACUUUGAUGUUUAUGCUGAUGAGUUUUUUAUGUACUUUUGGUGAUGUUUCAGUCUUAUGUACUCUUCUGGCGUCAGAAAAGUACCACUGGUUGUUUGCAGUCUUAUUGUGUAAUCAGCCUACCACAGGCUUCCAUGUAUAAUAAAGUAAUUAAUAUUGUGCAAGUGUAAAACACUUCUGUUAUGAAAGCAGUGUUUGGAAAAUAAGAAAUUAUUAAAAAUGGUUACAAAAUACUAGUUAAUUUCCUUUCCCCACUUUCCUCCCUUCAGUCUGCUUUACCAGCUAAAGGGUCACCUAUUUGUCAUUGCAAGAUUCUUAGAAAAUGUGUUUAAUCCUCUUAAAUACACUCAGUACUAAAAAGUCUGUAUUUCUUAUUUUGGUAAGUGCGGUAAGUUCUCGUGGGUACAGAGUACAAGCUGUAAUCAGAGGAUGGAGAGGACCUUUACCCCACUGUAUCUCUUGAGCUGUAUGAUUUUCUCCAGUGUUUUGUUUUAUACAGGUUUUGACUUUCUUUAACUUUUAUUGUGUGUACUGAAUACUGCAUAUGUAUUAUUCUGAUUGUUUGCUCUAGUUUACUACCAAUAAAAGACCUGUUAAUCACAAAAUU